UUGCUUUCGUGUGGUGUCUCACUCUUGUCUCGCUCGUACCGUGUAUGUAUUCAUAAUAUUUAGUUCUAGUUGAGCACUGAGCCAGAUCAAUCGAGCUAGAGAAGGUGUGAGCAACGAUAGUAACAGGUUUGCUAUCAUCCCUAUAAUAACACAGAAAUGGAGAAACCUCUUGUGAAGGAGGCCUUCGAAGUUCUUACCCGAGAAGCCAAAGAUCUAUUUCUGGGAACGAGCCUUCCCGAAACCUAUGGGGUGCCAACAUCUCUGGAGUUUGUCCGGGACAGCGUGGCGAAAAACAUGCCUUUGAUCAUUCGGGAAGCCACCAACGAUUGGCCAGCUGUGGAAAAGUGGAAUUCCAAAUACUUCAGAGAAACGUUCGCGGACAAGGAAGUCACCGUAGCAAUCACCCCCAAUGGAUACGCCGACGGACUGGCCAAACAUGAAGGUGAAGACUUCUUCGUGCUUCCUAUGGAGACCCAGAUGUCGAUGGGCGAUUUUCUAGAGACGUUAGAUCGCAAGGACGAAAGUAUACUGUACAUACAACGGCAAAACUCAAAUCUCACAGAAGAUUUCCACGAGCUGUGGCGGGACGUGGAUGCGGAAAAACUGAACUUUGCUACCGAGGCCUUCAACAAACAGCCUGAUGCAAUCAACUUCUGGAUGGGGGAUGAACGCGCUGUUACUUCUAUGCACAAAGAUCCAUACGAAAACAUCUACUGUGUGAUAUCCGGCUAUAAAGAUUUCAUCCUGAUACCACCCGUCGAUCUGCAUAACGUUCCACGACAAAAGUAUCCCAUGGGAAUCUACAUGCAGGAAGAUGAUGGGACUAUGGUGGUGGAACCGAUUCUAGAUGAGAUUUGCAAACCUCGCCUUAUCGAGUGGGUCAGUAUCGAUCCGCUGGAACCGGACCUGGAUAGGUACCCGCAGUACGCCAACGCCACCGCGUACGAGAUCCGAGUGAACGCCGGAGAUAUGUUGUAUCUACCGAGCCUGUGGUACCAUCAUGUGCGCCAGAGUCACAAGUGUAUUGCGGUUAAUUUCUGGUACGACAUGGACUACGACGCACGCUACUGCUACUACAAAAUGGCGGAAAAGUUGUGCGGGUAUGGAGAGUACGAAGAGGAGUAGAUCGACAAGGGGUGUAAUAAAAAGCGAAAACUGUUGUCAGAAAUAAGAAGUUUUAUUUCAAU